CAGUCAAGCGUGAAGAGAAAAAAAAAAAUUCUCCUUGCGUAACCAUAUUCAGUGGGCGGUAUCUCAUACAGUACAGGUGACAUAUUACAACCGCGAGGAAGUCAUGCGGUAACGAAAGAGAUGCACACGCAGUAGACAGGAAGUAAAAUAAUGGACACAAUUUUGGGAUAUAAUUCAACCAUUGUCAAUAUUCUCAUAUUUAUGACAGUAACUUCAGUCAGACAAGUAGAAGAGCUAUAAGGAAAUAUUUAUCCGCAGACAUUGUCUUAUAUCAUUAAAAUUGUCUUCUAAUAUGCGCUUAAAAUUGUUGUCAAGUUUAUUAGGCUUUUUUAUUGCAUGUUGGGAAUGUCAGCUGUCAGCACAAGCCUGUGAAGUUGGCUGGUUUGGUCCUAAAUGCCAAUACAAGUGCCACUGCAAAGGAGAAUGUGACAACGGAGUCUGUCAAGGUCCAUGUGAAGAUGGUUGGUUUGGCUACAGUAAUUGUCAAUUUAGAGCAUUUGAGUAUACUGCUACGACCAAUGAAUCUGAUAAAGAUAUUUCAGCUAUAUUAAGAGAUGACAAUGACACCUCAUGUGUUGAUAUCAGAGAUUAGAAAAUAUUUAUAAAGUUAACAAAUGACUUGCACAACACAUGGAUUAGAUUUAUUACUUACCAACCAGAGUUAGCUCAUGGGUUGAAAUUGAUGUUCAAAAAUAUAGACAUGCGCUUAGAAAAAAGACUUCAAUUAGAACCGACAAUACUUAUUAGAGGGAACACUGUCGACAUCCGGUAUGUGCUGGAUCGCGAUCCUGUAGGACGUAUUUCGCAAAUUUCAUUGGAAGGCAAAGUGGUGCAACAUCUUUGUUCACUAUGGGUCAGUGGAGGUCAAAACAUUGCUUUGAAGCAACAAGUAUUAUACAAUGAAUCAUCAAGUGGAAUCUCUACUCUAUAUGCAGCUGCUGUAGACGGUAUAAAACAAUGUCCAAAGAUUAACUUGACAGACGAAUAUAUUUACUGGAGUAUCAAUCUGAAUCAGCCUUACGAUAUUAUCGAAUAUAGAUUUUAUUUAUACAGCAAAUCAGGUGCUAAUACAGAUUUCACUUUAGAUUUUAUCACUAAGGAAUUAGACGAAUGGCCACUAUACUAUGGCAGACUACCUGUUAAUUCUUUGGUAAUAGUGGAUUGGUUGAUAUUGGACGUUAAAUCUAUUUACAUUUCCGCAACAAAACCUGCGUCACAUGAUGUGUUACCCAUUUUACUUUGUGAAGUGGAAGCUUACAUUGAUUGCCAGAAAGGAACUUGGGGUGUACACUGUGAAAACACUUGCAACGCCAGUUGUCCUGAUAACUGUCGUUCUGAUGAUGGACUGUGUAAUGAAGCCUGCUUUGGUUACAACGAUCCACCUAACUGUAAAACAGAUUGUGAGACUGGUACCUGGGGUUAUAACUGUGGCAAUAAAUGCAGCAACAAUUGCAUGCAAUCAUCCUGCGACAGUAAAACUGGAGUAUGUGAUCGAGGAUGCAUUGGAUACAGUGAUCCACCUUUCUGUACAAAAUCAUGUGUAAAUGGAUCAUGGGGUUUGAACUGCAAAGAUAAAUGUAUCGGUCGAUGUUCUAAUUCGUCUUGUGACAGUAAAACUGGAUUAUGUAACGAAGGGUGUGUCAAUUUCAGAGACCCACCAAAAUGCUUAAUAGAGUGUGAAACUGGUACCUGGGGUUAUAACUGUGGCAAUAAAUGCAGCAACAAUUGCAAUCAAUCAUCCUGCGACAGUAAAACUGGAGUUUGUGAUCGAGGAUGCAUUGGAUACAGUGAUCCACCUUUCUGUACUAUAGCUUGUGUCAAUGGAUCGUGGGGCUCAAACUGCAAAGAUAAUUGCAGCGAUCGAUGUUUUAACUCAUCAUGUGACAGUAAAACUGGAUUGUGUGACAAAGGGUGUGUCGAUUUGAGUGACCCACCAUACUGCAUAUUAAAAAAUAAGACCUCUGAUACCAAGGAAGGCAUUUCUAAACAGAGCCUGAUUGCCAUUAUUGUAACUGUCUCUCUCCCUGCGGUUUUAUUCAUAGUUUGUGUGAUCCUUUUAAAAGUCAAAGGACAAUUAUGUUUUAAUCCGAAAUACAUAGCCUCUGGCAGUACAUCGGAAGGUUAUUUAGUCGUAGAUUCGUAUGAUCGACCAGAGUACUAUGACAAUGAAAUCUAUGACGUCGUUGACAACGAAGAAGUUAUUGUUAGCAAUGGCUAUAUACACGCAGAUUCCUAUGAUCACCCAGAGUAUUUUGAAAAUGAAAUCUAUCAAAUUAUUGGCAGCGAAGAAGUAUCAGUAAAUAAUGAUAAAUUCAAUGAAGUAGAUGAACACAGAAACAGCGAGAAAGAAAAUAACCCAUACUUAGAGCUAAUAGAUGGACAAACAAGCAGCGAGAGAGAAAAUAACUCAUACUUAGAGUUAAUAGGCUGGUCAGAGACAGAAAAUAAAAACAAAUUCGAACACACUUGUGCAAGUUUAAGCUAAAACGAAAAUGAAUCGGACCUAAAGUUUUAGGUGUUUCAAGAGAAAUAUAAAUGGUUUUCUUCUUACAUCGUCCGAAACUAUAUGAUUCCCUAAAUGGACACAAAAAGAACAUUUAAAAUGUGUAUCAUUUUUGUUAUAUGUUUGCUUUUAUUUGCAUAUUGUAAACAACUAUAUCAUGCACUGAACAUUUUAAACUUUUAGGUGUUUCUGAAUAAUCCGCUUAUUGUACCAAGCCAAGUAAUAAGCAGAUGAUGAUGUGUCAGUGGCCUACUUUUCACAAGGGUGUCAUCUGGCCAGAACAACGCCUUUACUUUUCCUCGGCUAAUGUCAGCUACCGAUUACAGCUAGGUGAACAUAAUGAUCAAAUAUCCCAAAAUAAAAAAUCCCAGUCUUCACCAGGAUUCGAACACGGGAUCCUCGGUUCGGAAGCCAAGCGCUUUAACGCUCAUCCACCGUGCCUCCUAAGAUCCGAAUGUAAUAGGAGAAUUAUCAGCUAUAAGGCAAUUUUGUGUAUUUCGUGUAAACAUUUUAUAGAAUACAGUUACACACAUUUGACAAAUUUGUUAUACGGAGAAAAGUGAGUACAACUUGAUGUAAAAUGAAGUAAAUAUUUGUAUUUUUUAUUUAUCAUUUGUUUUGCCGUUACAGUUUUGCAAUCUUUGUUAACAAUUUUAUUUUUUAAAAAAAAGAGUCUUUGUGUAAAUGUGACCGUGAUCACUUGUUAAAUAAAAAAUUUGAAGACCUGAAUUCUAACUUAAAAGGUCAAGCCUCCUUAAGUCAACACACUAACCACUAUGCCAGCAAAUUAGUUAUCUAUUUUUAGCUUCAAACUUUAAAGCGGCGAUCUCCAAAGAAUAAAGGGGGCUAAUUAAACUUAUGACACCACAUCAAUCAAGAAAAAUUGUUUUCCCUAUUUCGAUACCAAAGAAAAAAAGUAAUUACCAAUAGUGAAUUAACUAAUUGUGUGUGUGUUUAUUGAUUAUUGUGUUGUCAGGUAAUAAAAAUAAUUGUGAAAAAUGUCAGCUUCAUUUGAGUUUGGGUGUGGAUGAAAUAAGGUGUACAAACUUUUAACCAGACAGAAAAACAGACAAAGUGAGUUUCAACAGUCUUAAAGAAGUUUAGAGAAGAUUUGUUUUACAUAUCACACAAAUUAAACAAACCUUUGCAAAGAAAUAAAUGAGCUUUUAGUGAUACAAACAUAAUCAUAGUCUCUUUUAUUGAGGCAUUAAAUCUCUUUUGUCAAAAAGUUUGAAGAACAGAGUUAUAUAUUUAGAACUUGUUUGUUGACAAAUAAAUUACUACCUGAGAAUAUCGAUGUCUAUGCUACUCAUCUAGCGAUGGUCAAUGAAGAAAUGACAACUCACUCACUUCUAGGAUGAAAUCAAUUUAAAAAUUGAAAUAUUUUUAUACAUCUGUUUCUGAUUUUCAAACUGAGUUAUAUGAAAACAAAAUAAUAGAAUUACAUGAUAAUGUCAUCAGUAAAAAGAUUUUUAAGGCCCCACAGAGUUUAAGCUGCAAAGUUCGAAAUGGAAUUAUUAUUUCUAGAUUUAAGGCUGCAACAAACUAAAGAAGUAAGCAAAAUAAUAUUCUGGACAUAACCACUUAGUAAUUAAAAGCCUGUCUUAGGUAAUAUUGUCAAACUCCAUAAGGCAUUAGGUUCUCAUUAGCUAAAGCUCAUAAUUUGUGAAUUCAAAAAUAUUAAUAGUUAUUUUAAAUUUAAAACUUAAUAUAAAAUUAAAUCUAAAAAUGUAAUUUCUAAUAAUUUGAAAGGGGAAGUAUUAAACGUUUAGAAAUUAUGACAAUGAGACUAAUUGUUAUAUUUUAUUUAUGUAAUUCAUUUUACACAUUUUUUUUUAAAUUAUAGCUAUAAAUAACAGUCUCUUAGUGACAGUGUAAUAAUCAAUUUCCAUGGGCGGGACAUGUAGUCCGCAUGCCAGACAACCGCCUCCCCAAAAGACUUCUGUACGGUGAGUUGUGUGCUGGAUACGUUGGGAAGGUGGAAGGAAGAGGGAUAACAGUUUUAAAGUUACCGUAAUCCAAAUGUAGACCACAAAAGUAUUGCUUAAGUCCUUCUUAGUAGACAGUAAUAAAUUAAUGUCAAAUACAUUGUAGUAAAGAUUUCUAUGGUUAAUUGAGUCCAUUAGUAGAGUUGAUUGAUGUUUAGUAGGAAGACCGACCAAACUGUAUGUCUAACACGGCAGUGUCUCUGUGUGCAUAUUUCCUAUACACUCACUAAACAGUAUUACAGUACGAAAUCUUUGUCUUGGACACUUUUCGAUGUAACAAUAGACGCAUUAAACAAUGUAAUAAUUCAAUUUUUUUUUGUUUCAAAAGUCUAUUUUCUAUAAAUCAUGUGCAGCCAUUGUGCAGGGCUAGAUGUAAGUCAUGUUUGAUAAAUAACUUAAAUUACAAUCCUCAAUAUCCACAUAGUAGCUCCAGGCCAAUAACCAUUAACACAAAAACAAUGAAGCUACAUUUUAGCGUCAUUUCGAUAGAUUAUUUUAGACAAACGAAAUACAUUUAAACUUUAAAAAUAUGUUGUUGCAGAUUUGUUUU